GAGGCAUCAUGGAGACAGAUCAGCCUGCUCCUGCAUCGGAAGUGAUCCGAGAACUCUUCGAGCAUGAUGUGAAACGAUACAUUAAGUUUGGCUUGGUGAAAACCACGGAACCCCUGGUCAAGGCAUCCCAUUCCGCCUCCGCCGACAAAAUUCGGGAGCUAGGCAAGAAGCACUACGCCGUGUGUGCGAAGCGUUGCAUGGACAGAAUGAGUGAAAUCUUUGAACAACACCGUAUCCUCGAGAAGAAGAGAGAGCUCGAUAAACUAGCCGAGCAGCAGAUGAGCCUCGAAAAUAUGCCUGUCAGAAGACUCACUGGCUCCUUGAAGCACGAUGUUUCCAUCGUCGCGGACGUGAUCAACACACGAGAGUUGGAGAAUGACAUGAAAUUGUUGGACUCGUUGAAGAGAAAGCAGGAGACGCUAGUCGAUCAGAUCACCAGCGUGUCUAAGGGUGGAACUCCAUGAUCGUCGGUCCUCCGAUCAUUGUAAAUAGUUUGUAAAUAAAUGAAUGCUCCAGCGGCAGCCGGCGCUCGA